AUGACUGUUCCUUAUCAAUCACUUCCAUUAUUUCAGACACCUUUAUUUCCUGUGCUAGUUUAUUCGACUGGUGAUGCUAUCACCAAAGAGGAUCCGAUUGUUUUAAUAUUACUUACCUGUGCUGUUAAUAUGGUUAAAGAUUUUCCAGAAUUAAAUUUUGAGAAAAUCUAA